CACUAUGACGAAAGGCAUCCAAGGUUACUCCUGCGGAAGAGUUAGUAAACAUUAUGAAGCAAAAUGCAGAGUUUCGGAGGGAAAAAGCUUCUAAAAAACCAGUAGAGUUGGAUAACUCGGACAUUUUCUAUUUGAGCAUGUCAAAAGCGGAUAAAAAAUUGCCCGAAAUACAUCAGGCAAGAAUAAAAAUGGAACUGUGUAGGCUAGUGACGGAGGCCCAAAUUAAAAACGCUCAAUCUCGAACGAACUCUACUCCUGAGAAUAAUUUGACCGAACUCGCCUCUACUCGUUCUACCCCAGUUCAAUCCUCGUCGUACAGCCCCUCAUUUUCUACAUUACUCAGUACACAUGAUUAUAACGAAUUCUUACCAGAGUGUUCUUCUGCCGCAAUGUGGCGUUCAUAG